AUGUAUCAUAAACCUUAUUAUCAGAGAGGACUUUUGUCUUUCUACGAAGUCGCAAAUCCCAAGACAAUACGCAAUCAACAUGGGAGUAUCCGGGGAUGGCUGGACCAGAGAUCCUCGCCCCAUUCCAAUUCCCAUUCCCAUUCCCAUUCCCAGCUCCGGAUGCAAGUUCAAAAAUUCUUCAACCAGUCAACUGGUCAGCAAAGGGUCGUCGUGCUGUGGUCAACAAAGCAACACCUGAGCAAAGGCCUGAUAACGAGGAGACAAUCUAUUGAUGAAGAUGGUAUGCUUACGUGGGCCCGUGUCGUGCAAGAAGGAGAUCGUACCACACUUCAGUUGGACAAGCUCACCCUCGCCUUCUGGCGUUACAAUUCCUCCACUCUGGACUUUUUCGAGAACUCACUUCCGUGGGUUAUUAGGCUGGAGAUGAUAGGGCUCGGGCUCACGAUGCGGUAUCAACGCCCCCAGAUCAAAAGUAGAAGUUUGGUGCAGUAUUUCGAGAAGGAUACCUCGUUACUAGAUACUCUCAGGUCGUACGUACCUAGAUAA